AUGCGGAAGUGCAGUGGCUUGCAAGUGCUGUUCUGUCUCCUGGGGCUCGGUCUCUUGCACCUAUGGCAGAGCGGCUUUCAACUGAGUCCCGCGGCUUGGCAAGGGCAUCCAGGCAGUGGACCGCAGGAGGUCACAGCUGUUGUGGCUGCCGACGCCGCGGUGGAGGAGUCGCCAGAAACUGGAAUCCUGACGGCCCUGACGGCCAACCAGUGGGGUUCGGCUCCGUCAGAGGAUGCCGAAGAUGGCGAGUCACUGAACAGCACGGCAGCCGCAGCGCCGGAGCAAGCGGGUCACGCCAGAAAUGAGGCUGUUUCGACCUGGUUCCUGCGAGAGGAAGCUUCGGACCCUCCCGGCUUCUCUGACUUCCGAGAACGGCUGCUCUCCGUCCAAAAGCGCGGGCACAGCAAUCCCGAGUCCGUGAAAUGGGUGGUCUUCACAGCAUCCAUAGGACUGGGGAACUGGAUGGCAGGGCUCUCCUCGGCACUUCUGGUCGCAGCGCUGACUGGCAGGGCUUUCGCAUGGAUCCCAGCUUCGAUGCGGGAUGUCUGUACGUGGAUGGACUCUCCCCUGUGUGAGUGGGCUAGGCAUCCGGUGCAGGUGAUCGCGGAGGCAGAAAAGGCUCUGGAAGCGAUCGCAGCAAAUCCGAAGGCGAAGCCGAGGAGCAAGUCCGUCGAAGUGCUUUCAAUCGAUUGGAAGGGCUGCAAGUACGAGAAGCUCCGCUGCAUGCCAAUCACACAGAAGCCGAUUUUGCUUUUGCUGUCUGGAGUCUGGGUUGGCAAUGUGCUACUGGAGAACCUGGAUUUCCUUCCUAUUUUGCAGCAAGCCUUCCAGCGGCAGCUUGCAGCCCAUGGUGCACCGCGUGGUGGACAGGAGAGAGCGGUGGGCCCAGCAACCGUGCGACUGAGGCGCUGGAUCUUCCCGCCAGCGGCCGCCGUGCGCAAGGAGACGGAAGGCUACGUACGGAGAUACUUGCGGCAGUCCGGCAGCGUCUCCAUCUGCGUUCAAGGCCGUUGGGGCAACAGCCGAGAAUUCCGAGCUGCGAAAAAAUGCCGAAGCCUCAGUGACGAAGCCACGAGCCUCAAGCAAGAGCUCUGA